AGGGUCACGUAGGUGUUGGCAGCAGGGAGGUGAGGGAGAGGAAAGGAAACACUCUCAGGAAAACAAUCUACCUCAGAACAGCCUAAAAACCUUGUCUAGCUUUCCUGAUGGGACUCCCGCGAGGUUUAAAGGCUUAGCAGGAGCAGUGCAGCACCCAGGUGCUAGGAGGUGCUCCUUGCCGUGGGAACGGUGCUGAGUUGACAACCCUGGGCGCUGGAUCAUUCCUGCAGCCACGGCUGAAGCGGGCAGAAGACAGUGGGCGGCGGUGCCGAGCAGAUUACUGCUCGGGGUGUGCGUACGACUGCUCACAAAAACUGUUAUGGAGGAGCAGGAGUUUAAUGAGAUCCUGACCUACCUCUCCAAAAACAAGUACCCAGAAAGCAUCAAGAGUAAGGACAGCCGGAGCAACUGGCGCAAAAAAUGUCGACCGUUCACAUACUGCAAGGAGGACCUCUACUACAACCACAAGAAGUAUGGGGUGCUGCAGGUCGUGAAGGGGAUCAAGGAAAAGAAGAGGAUCAUAGAGUCAAAUCAUCUUCAAUCCGAUGGCCGCCACCAUGGCAUCAACAGAACCCUCAAGAAGAUCAGCACCAACUACUACUGGCGUACCAUUGCCAAAGAUGUCCAUGGCUAUGUGAAAGUAGAGUGUGCUACAUGCGUGGGACAGGCCGCAGCAGCUGCAGCAGGACAGCAAGGUGCCCGGGGUAGGAACGAGGUAUUAGAACAUGCCAAGUACAGGAUCGUGGACCGGGCCAUGGAGCAGAUUGGUCUGGAUGUUAUUGGCACCAUCCUAGAACCUGGGGCUCCUUCCCCCCCUGGGUCUGGGAGCACUUUCAAGUGUGAAACAGCCUCCACCCCAGCCUCUGCCUUGGUCCUGCCCACCCCGCCUGAACAAACCAUGACUCGCUGUGGCUUGGACCUUCUGGGGCCACUCAGUGAAACCCACAAGGGCAGGCGCUAUAUUGCUAUUCUGACAGACUGUGUUACAGGCUGGGCUGAAGCUGUUGCCAUCACAGAGGCCACAACUGAAAUAGUUGGAGCCUUUCUUGCUGAGGUAGUGGGUCGCCAUGGGGCAGUGGAGGAGCUCCUGGUCCGUCCCAGCCAGGAAGAGUUUUGUGUGCGACUCAGUGAACGUCUGUGUGCCCUCAUGGGCUUAAAUGUGCGUGUGUCCACUGUUGUGGGUGCGCCCAGUAGCUGGCACAACGGUCUUCUCUGUGAAGCUUUGAUCAGGCUCAGUGGCAGCCACCGCUACACAUGGGACCUGUUCCUUCCACCGGCCCUUCUGUCUUACCGCACCUUUCCCCAGAUCGCCAGGCCGGCCUGCCCCUUCACACUACUUUAUGGUCGACCGCCACGUCUCCCAGGCCUCACCCCAUCACUCCCACCCACCGGGACACAGGAUGAAGUGGCUGCAUUGACAGAUCACAUGACUGACUACAUUAAGAGUCUGGCUGCUCCUCCACACCACAUCUCUGCAUCCCUCAGUCAGGCGGGGGGCUGCCUCUCACCUUCAUUCCCAUCCCCCAACAUCCCUUCCAGUGGUCCCUUCCCUCCUCCCCCUCCUCCAUCCACCAGCCCAACCAGUCAGACCAUAGCCAAUUCUACUCUUUCCACUACACACACCACACCUGUAUACACCAUCCCUGGAACCACUGGAGUUAGCUCACACACCAUAUGUGCCCCACCACCACCACCACAACCACCACCACCGCAGCCAAUACCACCACACUCAGCUGCACCCACCUCUGGACAAAUAAUAAUCCCCACAUCAGCCACCAGCCUCCCUGUACACACAGCCACCGAUGCAAACACCGGCCACAUGGUCAUGAUACACACGGACGGGAAAACAUACUCAGAUUCAUUCUAUGUCAUCUGUCCGCAGUAAUUGAGUGUGUGUGUGUGUGUGUGUGUGAGAGAGAGAGAGAGAGAGAGAGAGAGAGAGAGAGAGAGAGAGAGAGAGAGAGAGAGAGAGAGAGAGAGAGAAACACACUCUUAAUUAAGUACAAACUAUGUGGUGUCGCUAAUUUGAGUACAUAAAUCAUAUCAGUUAUUCUUAUCAUUGGUUUUCUUACUGAAUGCAUGAAUUUGAGUGUUGCUCAUGGUGUUGCAUUGGGCUGCUCAGAUUGACAACCUGACCCAUUCCCAUAUAGUUUUUGGGGUGAAAUCUUCUGCCAUGAAAAGGGGCUUCAAACAUACAGGAUAAGGUGCUUAUAGUUUUAUACAAUUAUAUUAAGGUCAAAUAAAGACAUUCAUUUUCAAGAUGGAGACAGGCAAAUAGUGGUACGUACAUAAAAGUGAACUGGACGAAUAACAUUUGCUUUCUAGCCAUUUAGCUCAUGCAGAUGUGACGAGUUUCAAAAAGAGGUUGGCACACUCUUGGAUGAGUAUGGCAUGAUAAUAGGUUUAGAAUAGUGCCUUGUGGUAAUUAACUGAACUUUUACAAACUCCUAUUUAUGUUCAUGCUAAUUGUGUCAUUUUAUAAAUGAAAUAUUUAGCCAAACACUCACAAAAAUUUGAAUCAUAUAUAUCAGACACCAGCUGCCACCUCGUAUCCUUCCAUGGACACCAAAAAAGCUCACAAAAGAUAAUGAAGGUUACUGAGAAAAUCGCUGUCUCCAUGGAAUUAGAUCCUGUUAGGUGCAUCAUCUCAUGUGUAAUGUAUUUUUAAAUUCACAAAUUUAAUUUACAUGAUUUAUGGCAUUCUAUUUUAUUAAAUUAUUACUUUCGUAUCACUUUUUUUUUUUUUUUUUUUGAACUGGGGAAGCUGGAUCAGCUCAAACAUUCUUUUAUUUACCAGAGGAGAGACCUCAUCCACAGUGCUUGUCAUAAUUACAUACUUGUGUAAAUGUUGAAAUAUUUGAAAGAUGCUUUUAAGGACAAAUUUAUGGGAGUGACUUUUACAAAGAUACUACUUCUCUAGGGUUCUUCUUCUAUUCUACUACUCUACUACUACUACUGCUGCUACUACUACUAAUAAUAAUAAUAAUAAUAAUAAUAAUAAUAAUAAUAAUAAUAAUAAUAAUAAUAAUAAUAAUAAUAAUAUGAUUCUACUGGUGGUACACAUUACCCCUACUUAUGGUACAACAACAACUAGCUACAACUACUACUACAACUACUUUUACUACUACUGUACUACUACUACUACUACUACUACUACUACUGCUGCUGCUGCUGCUGCUGCUACUACUACUACUUCUACUGCUGGUGCGAUUACAACUUCUGGUAGUACUACUACUACUACUACUACUACGACUACUACUACUACUACUACUACUUCUUCUACUACUACUAGUAAGACGCCAUGCAUCGCUGGUUAAUUUUGAUGACCGUAGAUGCCGCCGACCACCGCCGCUCAGCUUCAAAAUUCUAAAAAAAAUAUCAGGGAUGCCCCCGGUCGACCGGCAGUCUCAAAAAAAAAAAAAAAAAAAACUGCGACUGUGACCGGCGGCACACUUGCGAUUGCUGACUGUCACCCGCCGGCAAGCGGGGGCAAACCGCGGGCAGACUGCGGCUGGCUGAGUGGUUAUCAUACUGGGCCCGCAUUCAUCGCGCCAUGGACAACGUCGAUUCGAAUCCCCAUGCUACCACCUGGGAUUUUUCAGUCACCGCCGAGUGGCCUAAGACUACCCACAGGCUCUGAUUGCUAUCCUGAAGACUACCCAUCAACCCGGGCUCUAGAAAAAACCGUCCAAGUGAAUAAAAAAUGAGUUCCAGGGGGCAGCAUAAGCCAAGCUUAACUGGCGCCACUAUAAAAAUUGCCCGCGCCAUGCCGGGCUUAAACCAACCACUAGGCCUCUGAAGGAAGCCUACCGGGGCUUUAGGCAGAGAUGUAAAAAAAAAAAAAAAAAAAAAAAAGGCCGGUGGUAGUCCUCUCGUUAACACUUGUGUUUGACCUGGAGAUUACCUGCGAUUAGGCGACCGGGUCCAUGCGCAUUAGGAUUUUGAACCUUGCCUCUUCUCUGCAUCCAUGUUCUCACCUACGUUUCCCUUCGUCUCAUCUGUAUUCCUUUCAAUCGUCUAUUUUCCAGUAGGAAUACAAGCAACAACAAAAUUUGUUCACUGGCCACGUCCAAUAUCACGCACACGGCUAACGAGACGUGAACUAUGAUGCCCACUUAUUUUGCUGUAUAUGGGUGUUUUUCAAAUUACUGAAGCAACGAUGGAAUUACUUUUCACAGAUUCCCAAAGAAUGAACAAUACAGAGAGAAAUGGAUUAAUCUGUGUAAAAGACAAGAUCCAGUUAUUGCAAACAGGGCAGUGAUAUGCAUCUUACAUUUUGAUGCAGUAUCUCAAGUAUUGUAGUGCCCCGGGAUCUUACGGGGACGCUCUUUAACUUUUAUAAUACUGAAUCUUACUUUAAGUUGCAUGUGCGUUAACUUACUGAGCAUAGCACAAAUUAAAGACUUGAAUAAACUCCCGCUUAAUUGAAUGCGAACGACUGUAAAAGGUAGGCUGCCACCACCCCACGAUGAGGGUCGGAACCCCCUGCUCAAUGGGGAGAAAAUAAGACUGAUUUUUUUUUUUUUUUUUUUUUUUUACGUCGUUUGCCUGUUGCGCCGGUAGGCAUCUUCCUGGUGGGGCCUGAUGGUCGGCCCAAGGCUUCUUCCAGGUGGGGCCUGAUGGUCGGCCCAGCCCGUUCUGGCGCAGGCGAGUGUUUAUAGUGGCGCCAUCUUGCAUUGGCUCAUGCUGCCCCCCGGAACUCGUUCUUGAUUCGCUUGGACGGCUUCCUCUGGAGUCCGGGUUGAUGGGUGGUCUUCAGGACAGCAUGUGGGUAGUUUUAAGCCACUCGGCGGUGA